CCCAGGCAGGUUUUAUACGAUCAGGAUUCGAACAAGAUUCUGUCAUGAUUUUCCAAACUUGUUAGUUCGUAUUUAGCAUUGAGAAAACAACAUCAUCAAUGUUUUUGAACUCGUUGUGGUUGUACACUAUAUUAAGUGCUACAGUUUUUACUGGUCUGGUAGUUAAUUCUGACGGCGACGACGACGAGGAAUACGAAACAGUAGUUACGAUCACCUCCCUCACAGGAUCUAAGAAACCAUUUGUUUAUAUCGAAAAACUUUGCGAUGAUCGAGAUGCACACUGUAGGAACUACUCAUGUUCAGCUUUCUCUACCGAGAAAACCACAAUUUUUUGGUUGUUCAAGAGCUGUCCAGACAAAAGUUGUCCAGCCGUAUACAAACCAGCAAAUUCUCAACAGGACGGCUUGCAGAUUUCUUCAAACAUAACUCUAGAUUUAUUAUCCGCUGGGUAUCUGACCUGCGUUGCUAAUAACUCUCAUGGGAACAUGGCAGAUAUUGAAGAAGUUGUUCGAGUUAAUGAGACGGGACGUCGAUUGAUUAAUUUGACGAAACAAGACGUUAAUUACGAAAUUCAGCCAGACGAAGGAAGUCUCUUCGUAAGGUGGAAUAUUACAAUGUUAGGCCAUCCAUCCCCUGAGUUAACUCUACAAGAUGAGAAAAAUAUUACAGUCUGUUCUUUACCAGAAAAAUAUAACUGCACAAUAAAUGGCCCUGACGGUUAUAUUGCACUGACUAUUAAGAAUAUAUCGGUUGACGAUUUAAAUAAAAACUUUUCUCUAGUUGCGAAGAAUAUUUACGAAACCACUAAUUUUAGUUUGAUAAUGAACGCAUCAGGUUUAAUAGGGUUUGAAAUAGAAGCGGAAGAGCUGAACGAACUUUACAGUAUUUUAUGGUGUGGCGCCAGCUCUGUACACCCCUGCAACGUAUCUUGGUCUUUUAAACCCAAAUGCCCUGAACGGAAUUGUGCCUAUAAGCCGGUAAAUGGAAUACAUUCUCAGGACAGCCCCCUUCAGUGUUGGUCACAUUUAAAUGUUAGUUCUUCGGAAUCGGGAUUCCUGCGGUGCCAUGUGAGCAGUCAAGGAGCCUCAGAAGAAAUUUAUCAAGAAAUAGGAAAUGUAAAAAACGGUGUAGAGAUUUUUGGAAAUGACAGCAUAACUCAAAUUAUUGACGAAAACACUAAAAGAAUAAAGACGGAAUUCGGAAAACUUAUCAUUUUAACGUGUGGGGCUUCGGUGCUUAACUAUACCGAUGACGUUAGAUGGGCAAUUUCUGAACUAGAUAAUGACAUCAGCGAAAAUACUAUUGUAAGUAGCGUGAGAAAUGCGCUCUUUAUCAACACUCGAUUACUAUUCUUGUCGGAUACCGGACAAUACAAAUUUGAGGGCACAUACUUUUGCAAGGCAGCCCUGAAAAAUGGAAAUGGAACCUUUCAUUAUAGAAAAAUUGAAGUUACUACUGCAGAAAAGCAGUUGACUUAUUACAUCAUUGCUAUCUUAAUAGUAGUCCUCUUGGCUAUAUCAGCUUUCAUCGUCUUUAAAAUGAGAACUUAUCAAAAACUCCAGAAAGAAAUGAAAGAAUUGAAUAUGGUUGGCUUGGCUAAUUUUGAGAAAGGGGCGUUGGAGCAUUUGAAUCCUAAUUUGACUAUAGAUGAUCAGGCGGACUUGCUACCGUAUGACAAGAAAUACGAAUUCCCUGUAGAACAACUGAAAUUAGGAGAACAAAUCGGAUCUGGGGCUUUUGGCGUGGUGAUGAAAGGAGAAGCGAAAGGCGUUUUCGAACACGAACCAAGUACUACAGUAGCUGUAAAACUCGUAAACAGAACUAUCGGAGAUAUUUAUGUCAAAGCGUUAGCGUCCGAGCUGAAAAUUAUGAUUCACUUGGGCAAACACAUCAAUAUUGUAAACCUUUUGGGUGCUUGCACUAAAAACAUUACAAAAAGAGAGUUGUUAGUGAUAGUGGAAUAUUGUCGUUUUGGAAAUUUAAAAGACUACCUUCUCAAUCACCGGCAUUCUUUCAUUGACCAGAUAAAUUCGGAAACCGGCCAAAUCGAUUUUAGCAUAGGAAGCGACGUCUUAGGUAUAAAUAAUGAUCCAGAACUUUUAUAUGUUACACCCUCUUUCGGCAACCGCAACUGUUCCUCUACUUCCCAACUUUCGAAAGAGGAAACCCCUCAACCCGACAAGGACGCUAACUACCAAGGGGAUUAUCAAGACAUGAACAAACCGGUUUGCACAAGAGAUCUUCUUUUAUGGUCGUUUCAGGUUGCGCGUGGUAUGGAGUAUCUAGCGUCACGUAAAGUAUUACAUGGUGAUCUCGCUGCAAGAAACAUUCUCCUAACGGAUGGCAAUGUCGUAAAAAUUUGCGAUUUCGGUUUGUCGAAAAGCAUGUAUCAGAAAGAAAUUUACAAGAAAACUGGAGAUGAGAUGUUACCUGUCAAAUGGAUGGCUAUUGAAGCCAUCACUGACAAAAUUUUUUCGAUUCAGUCUGACGUGUGGUCUUUUGGCAUAGUUCUGUGGGAAAUUUUUUCUUUAGCUCGGACGCCGUACCCUGGAAUGGAAUAUAGCGAGAGUUUUUGCGAAAAGCUUUUGGAUGGGUAUAGAAUGAAAGCGCCACAGUUUGCAAACGAUGAAAUAUAUGAGAUUAUGUUACACUGCUGGGAUGCUGAGCCUUCGAUGAGACCCUCCUUCACGCAGCUGGCACGCAAGAUCGGUUCGGUGUUGGACCAACAAAUUGUUGAGCACUACAUCGACAUGAACACCGGAUAUUUGAAAAUGAACUCCGAGAGAUUUAAAAAUGAAAACAGCGACUACCUCUCAAUGGUUGGAGCUCCUGAAUUUCAGAAGUAUUCGUCACCCUAUCGUUAUGUCAAUGUAAUCAAACCUUCUAUUAAACAAGAAGAAAACAACACAUAUUUAUAAUUUGAUUAAUGGCAACAGUAUAAGAAAAAGUUGUCGUAAUAUUGACUUUCAUUUGCAGUUUAGAGCAUGUUUUUCCGGAACAGUAGAAUCCUCAUCUGUGUUGUGUAAAACUGUGAAACAUAAUUGUGUGGACAACAAUAUGGAAUAUUUUGAAAUUUUCGUCAUUUUUGUUUUCAAUUUGACGAUUUAAAUUACUUAAACACUUUGUAUUAGAUAGAACACUUUAUUUUAAACAAUUUUUAGUUUUUACUUCACGAACAUAAGCUAAGGAAGUAUUGUAAUCGAAUAUAACGGUCAUGACCCCAAGAGUACGAAAAAUGGGUCCUCCGUUUCCGUCUGUCAGCCCUCCGUGACGAUUUUUGUUAGACAGAUAAUCUCCGAAACGACCGAAUUUUAUAUGUGUAUCAUGAGUAUGUAUAUAUAUGUAAAACACGAACCAAACUUUGUUUAAUCAUCCCCCAACAAUGUGAUGAUCACCUCAAAAUUGUACACAGUAAGUGGGUUUUAAAUUGUAUAAAAUAUACUCCCCACAAAAAUUGUGGCACCAUCCAUUAAAUUUUAAAUGUUUACAAUUUAAAUGUAAUGUAGAAGAAACAUAUCGAUCUAAAUCACAUUAAAUGUUGUCAUUAUUUGGCACUGUCUUGCAUACAUUUAUCCCUAAUAUGUAUAUGGUAGCUACAUGGAGUCAGGUUUACUAGAACUGGAGGUAGUGCAAUAAUUUUUGUGGAGAGUGUGACAUAGUUCUACACGCGUAGUUUCUGAAUCCGUGUUUAGAAAAAAAAUCAAAUUUAUACAUAUUUUUAAUUAGAAUUUUAUUUUUUCACCCAGUUGCAUCUAAAUGCAACGUGCAUCUGGAGAUGUUUUGAUAUUA